AUGGAGAACCGGCCUGGGUCCUUCCAGUACGUCCCUGUGCAGCUGCAAGGGGGGGCGCCCUGGGGCUUCACCCUUAAGGGGGGUCUGGAACAUUGCGAACCGCUCACGGUGUCUAAGAUUGAAGAUGGCGGCAAGGCAGCCUUGUCCCAGAAGAUGAGGACUGGUGAUGAGCUGGUGAAUAUCAAUGGCACUCCAUUGUACGGCUCCCGCCAAGAGGCUCUCAUCCUCAUCAAAGGCUCCUUCCGUACCCUCAAGCUGAUUGUCAGGAGGAGAAACGCCCCUGUCAGUAGGCCGCACUCAUGGCAUGUGGCCAAGCUGCUGGAGGGAUGCCCUGAAGCGGCCACCACCAUGCAUUUCCCUUCUGAAGCCUUCAGCUUGUCCUGGCAUUCCGGCUGCAACACGAGUGACGUGUGUGUGCAGUGGUGUCCGCUCUCCCGGCACUGCAGCACUGAGAAAAGCAGCUCCAUUGGCAGUAUGGAGAGCCUGGAGCAACCAGGCCAAGCCACCUAUGAGGGCCAUCUCUUGCCCAUUGACCAGAGCACAUACCCCAACCAGCGUGACUCAGCCUAUAGCUCCUUCUCAGCCAGCUCAAAUGCCUCUGACUGUGCCCUUUCCCUCAGGCCAGAGGAGCCAGCCUCUGUGGACUGUAUCAUGCAAGGCCCAGGGCCAACUAAAGCCCCUAAUGGUCGCCCUAAUGUGGUUGAGACCUCAGGAGGUGGCUGUCGCACCAGUGGGGGUCACCUGACUGCUAGCUCCCAGAUGUCAUCCUGUCCGCAGGAGGUCUCCCACUCAGAGCCUGCCAAGGCUGCCAGGGGUCCCCCUCAACCUCCAGUGAGGCGAGACAGUCUUCAGGCUUCCAGAACCCAACUCUUCAAUGGAGAGCAGUGCAGGGCUUCUGAGCUUAUAGAUUCCUUGCAACAGAAGGAGAAACCUAGCUUGGACACCAUGCUAUCCCCAAGGAACCCUAAUAGGUUCUGCUGCCUCAGCGGGCAAGACCAAGUGACAAAUGAGGGCCAUCAGGUCUGUGAGCUCAGCCAACCUCCUGAAUCUAGCCAGAAGGGCUCUGAGCAUCUACUGAUGGAGGCCUCAGCCAAAGCUGUCGGAGUCCCAAAAGCAUAUGACAAAACUUCCAGCAAAGGUUCCAGCCCACUCAACCAGGCUUCAGCAGAGCUAGCUAAGACUUCUUCUUUUGGCAGCUCUCCACUCCUCACAGGACCCACAGGGCAUCGCCAUAGUGCCCCUGAACAGCUGCUAGUGUCCCACUUGCAGCGUGUGCACCUCGAUACUAGGGAUUGCAAGGGGACAGAGCUCCAAGCUGGGCAGGAUGGGCAGGAGUGGACUGUAUCCCCUUUGCACAUGCACAGUAGCCACACAAGCAAGAAAAGCCCAUGUGCCCCUGCAGGAGGAACCCAGGACCAGCCGAGCAAAGAGAGAAAGACCAAGCCAGUGGAUGAUAGACCUCUGGGUUCAGGUCAUCAGAGCCCAAGCCAUUCCCCACAUGGAGAGGCUGACGGACACCAUCCAGAAAGAGGUUUCCAGGCUCCAAACAGAGCAAGCAGAGCUGACAGUGAACUGGUCAGCCAGCAGUCCUCUGGCUCCCUUGCUCAACAAACUAGGGACUGUUCUCCAACCUCUAAAGUAGCUGGCAGCACAGAGGCAACUGAGGAAGGGGACAGUGAGCCCAAGGAGUGUGGCCGGGUGGGCAGUAAGCGAAAUGGAGGGUACCGGGGCCGCUCGAUCCAAAACCGGCGGAAGAGUGAACGUUUUGCUACCAAUCUACGUAAUGAAAUUCAGAGGAGGAAGGCCCAGCUCCAGAAAGGCAAAAGUCCCUUGUCACAGCUGUGUUACACCAAGGAGCCAGUGGAAGAGACCGAGGAGACCCUGGAGAGUCCUCCACUUCCUUCCUCUAACUCAGCCCUUCUAUCUUCAUAUAAAAAACCACCAAGCCCCAGAGACAAGCUCUUCAACAAGAGCAUGAUACUCAGGGCUAGGUCUUCAGAGUGCCUCAGUCAAGCCCCUGAGGGUCAAGAAUCUAGGAUUGGCUUGGAGGGACGAGUGAGUCCUGGCCAGAGAUCUGGCCAGUCCUCUUUGAGCCAAAACACCUGGUGGAAAGCAUCUGACCCAUCCUCGUCAGACUCUGAGAAAGCCAACAUUCACCAUGGAGUCUGUGGAGGUCGCUGGAGAUGGUCACCAGAGCACAGCCUGCAGCCACAUGUGGCACUAGCCGUGGAAGGCCCUUCCAACCCAGGGGACAAGGAAGUGAAAGCGUCUGCUGUCCAAGCUGGGGAGGAAGCCAUCCUCUUGCCCUUUGCAGACAGAAGAAAGUUCUUUGAAGAGAGUAGCAAAUCCUUAUCUAUGUCUCAUUUGCCAGGUUUAACCACUCAUAACAAGACUUUUACCCAGAGACCAAAACCUAGUGACCAAAGCUUUCAGCCAAUGAGCUCCAGCUAUAGAGAAUUGAGGCGCCAUCCCAUGGACCAAUCAUAUCACUCCACAGACCAACCCUAUCAUGCCACAGACCAAUCAUAUCAUUCCAUAUCACCCCUUCAGUCAGAAACUCCCACUUACACAGAAUGUUUUGCAAGCAAAGGUCUAGAACAAUCCAUGUGCUGUAAGCCACUACACUGUGGUGAUUUUGAUUACCACAGGACAUGCUCUUACUCCUGCAAUGUCCAGGGAGCUGUAGUCCAUGACCCUUGCAUUUAUUGUUCUGGGGAAAUCUGUCCUGCUUUGCGAAAGAGAAAUAUGAUUCCAAACUGCUACAAUUGCCGGUGCCACCAUCACCAGUGCAUCCGGUGUUCAGCUUGCUGUCAUAAUCCCCAGCAUGGUACCCUCGAGGACAGCAGCUUGAAACCUGGCAACACUUGGAAACCCAGGAAGCCAACAGUGCAGGAAUUUCCUGGGGACAAAUGGAAACCAAUAACAGGAAACAGGAAGACCAGCCAGUCAGGGAGGGAAAUGGCUCAUUCCAAGGCUAGCUUUUCAUGGGCAACCUCAUUCCAUCCCUGCCUUGAGAACCCAGCACUGGACUUGUCAAACUACCGAGCAGUCUCUUCUCUUGACCUCCUUGGAGACUUUGAGCACUCCUCCAACAAAGCAGAGGAAACCUCCGUUCAUGAGGGGGAGAGCUCCCUCGCCUCCAUGCCUCGCCCGCUGCGCAGCCGUGCCUUCUCGGAAAGCCACAUCACCCUGGAUCCUCAGAGCUCCCCAGCCUGGGAGCAGCACAGGAAGGAGCUCUUCAACAAAGUUGAUGAGACCCAGCCAGAUGCUCUGGGGGCCAGGAAGAAGGCCUUUCCUCCUCCUCGCCCUCCUCCUCCCAACUGGGAGAAAUACAGGCUCUUCCGUGCAGCCCAGCAACAGCAACAGCAGCAAAAGCAGCAGCAAGAGGAGGAAGAAGAGGAGGAGGAGGAAGAGGAAGAAGAAGAGGAGGAAGGGGUAGAGGAGGAGGAGGAAGAAGAGGAGGAAGCGGGGGAGGAGGAGGAGCUGCCACCCCAGUAUUUCAGUUCAGAAACCACUGGUUCUGGUGCCCUCCAUCCUGAGGAGGUUCUGGAGCAGCCCCAGCUUCCGGCCUUUGGCCACCUGGAGGCCCCAAGGCAGGGCUCACAAAGCCUCCCAGCAGAGCCAGAAUCCUUUGCUCUACGAUCCAGUGAUUUCCUGCCUCCAGUAAGGGGCCACUUGGGAUCUCAAGCUGAAAAGGCUCAACCCCCUUGUUAUUACGGCAUUGGUGGGCUUUGGAGGACAUCAGAGCAGGAGACCACUGAUUCCAAACCAGAAGCUUUGAUGGCGGAAGAGUCCAAACCCAAACCAGCAUGGAGCCAGAGCUACUUCUUUCCUGAGGAGCAGUUCUCUUUCCUGGGCUGGGGCUCGGAUAAGCAGCACCUCAACACUGCAGGCUUCAGUGAACCCAAGACAACAGGACAAGAUUUUCAGCACUUCUCACCUCCUCAGGGGCCCCCAGGGAUCCCUACCUCUUACUCAGCUUAUUACAAUAUUUCUGUGGCCAAAGCAGAGCUGUUGAACAAGUUGAAAGACCAGCCUGAGAUGUUAGAGAUUGGCCUAGGAGAGGAAGAAAUUGACCACGAACUGGCUCAAAAAAAGGUACAGCUUAUUGAAAGCAUUGGCAGAAAACUUUGUGUCCUGCGGGAGGCCCAGCGAGGACUGCUGGAAGACAUCGCUGCCAAUUCUGCCCUUGGGGAGGAGGUGGAGGCCAACCUAAAAGCCCUCUGCAAAUCCAACGAGUUUGAAAAAUACCGUUUAUUUAUCGGGGACCUGGACAAAGUAGUCAACCUGUUGCUGUCACUCUCUGGUCGGCUGGCACGGGUGGAGAAUGCUCUCAACAGCAUUGAUUCAGAAGCCAACCAGGAGAAGUUGGUGCUGAUAGAGAAGAAGCGGCAGCUGACAGGGCAGUUGGCAGACGCCAAGGAGCUGAAGGAGCAUGUGGACCGCCGGGAGAAGUUGGUGUUUGGCAUGGUCUCCCGCUACCUGCCUCAGGACCAGCUCCAAGAUUACCAGCACUUUGUGAAGAUGAAAUCUGCUCUCAUCAUUGAACAGCGAGAGCUGGAAGAGAAGAUCAAGCUCGGGGAAGAACAGCUCAAAUGUCUCAGGGAGAGCCUGCUCCUGGGGCCCAGUAAUUUCUAAUUUCUACCAGCAGACUGCCUACACCAUCCCUGCCCCACCACAGUGGGAAGUGCUUUCAGUCCUUGUUAGCAGUUUAUUAGCAAAGUAGAUAGCAGUUAGUUAGCAGUUUGUUCCAUAUUCUCUCACUGCCCCUUAACCUAGUGGUGUUCCCAACCAGCUAAGAAGGCCUGGGGAGGCCCCAAGCUUCUACCUGAGAGAGAGCAGAAGCAAGAAGUAGGAGCUGAAGCAAAGUGUGAUCAUACAACCACACUCUUCUUCUCAGGUUGCACUGCCAAAUACUCACCCCACAACAGAACCAACAAAGUGCCUUCAUUCUUCUUUGUACUAGGAUACCAGGAGCAUCCUGCACUCACCACCCACCCAGACUUUGAAGGCUCAGAGAGCAGUUGCCCAUGCAGCUCCACUCUGUCCCAAGGCUUGUGGCCCAGACAUUUCCCAGGGAGAUCUGACUGUCUUGAGGACUUUAUCUACUACCAGCUUUAGGGUUUCACUGCAGCUUUGCAGUAGGAAGCACAGACGUAUAGAUGACAUUUAACAGAACGUGAGCAAUAGUUGAGAAUACCCAGGUACCCUGCUAGAAGGACUAUGCUUAAACAAGCUGGCUCCACUCCCACCUUCUGCAGCAUCUAACUGAGGGGUAGGAGGCCUAUUUUUAGCCCUGGCUAGUGUGGCCCUCCCCUUGUACUAAGGCUUUGACUUACCACUUCAGGUUUCAUCUUGCCUUUUCAUUACUGGGGGUUCCAAGUGCCUAUCCUAAAGGCUUCACACUAUGGGGAAUAGCUCUACUAAAGCUAUCUUCUCGAUACAUGUUUUAUUAUUGGGGGAGAGGGGAUU